AUGACCGCAGGAAGCGGCAACGGAAUCAUCAUGGAUCCCCGUUGUCGGGAAAUCUCCGAUGUCAGCUACACGAAUUUCAGUCUGAGUCUAUUCAUCCUAGUUGGCAUCAUGGUAUCCUACCUCCCACAGCACAUCCGAAUCAUCUCCCGGCGCUCAUCCUACGGCCUCUCACCGUGGUUUGUCUUGCUGGGCACGACAAGCGGAACGUGCGCGUUCGCCAAUAUUCUCGUGCUGCCUAAGAGUCGCUUAGACAUUGGGUGCUGUCGGCAGGUAGACGAGUUUGCCUGCGUCGCGGGCUUGUUGGGUAUCGCGCAGGUGGGCGUGCAGUGGUCGUGUUUUACUGUCAUACUGCUCCUCUUCCUUAUUUUCUUCCCACGCGGUUCGUCGGCAACGAUAGGUGUUGGAGAUGACUCGACAACGAAGCAACAUGUGGUCCCGGGCACCUCGCUCGCCAAUGGGAGUAACGAUAUCGAUGUUCAAACUAACGGUGCCACCGACGCCGACAGUGAGAUCAUCACCAACAACGACCCUGCCAUAGGCCACACAAAUACACCGGCCGCCAAUUCCCUUCCUCACACCUACCAGACCGCUCUCCUGGUAACACUCCUCUCGGUCCUCCACGCGGUCCUCAUCCUCAUCCUCUCCGUCUACUAUGUAUAUCUCCGGCCCAUGCACGCCCAGUGGUGGGCCAACUUCCUGGGGAUCUUCAGCACGAUCCUCGCAUCUAUCCAGUAUUUCCCGCAGAUCUGGACGACGUGGAACCUCAAGCGCGUCGGCAGCCUGAGCAUCCCCAUGAUGUGUAUCCAGACGCCUGGCAGCUUCGUGUGGGCGGGCAGUCUGGCCAAGAGGUUUGGCUCCGAGGGUUGGAGUGCCUGGGGCGUAUAUCUUGUCACGGGCUGCUUGCAGGGUUCGCUGCUUGUUAUGGGUGCGUAUUUUGAGAUUAUGUUCAGGAGGAGGGAGAGGGAUGAGUUGAGGGGACGGGUGGUUUAUGGGGCUGGCGAGAGUGCCAGUGGGCUUGGCAGUGAAUUCCUAGGUGGAACUGGGAAUGGAGUUGAUGAUUCAACACAAGAGGUGGCGACGGAAGAGACUCCUUUGCUUAGAGAGGGUUGA